AGCGGAGCCAAACCGGGUUGUUAUCUCUCCAGCGUGGAGGCAGCCUUUCUCUCUCUGGCUUUGAAGAGAAAGAGGGUGGCCAGAGGUGGUCCUCCAUUCCGGCCUCCUGCCCAGGAAGAACUUCCCGAACGUCCUACAUUUUGAGCCUGGCUUUCUAUCUCUAGGUCUUUACCUCCUUUUCGGCCUCCAUUUUCUUUCUCCUCAAAAGAGCCACUUCCGCGUUCUGCGGAGUUUGGCGCGCUGCCUUCCCAUUGGCUGCGGGAGCUGACCAAUGGCGGGCGAGGCCGUGACGUCAUCGUCCAAUGGGCAGCGAGCGCGGGUGGUAUAAGAGGGCGAGGGGCGCGGGGAUUCCCGCUCCAUUCGGCUUCCGGUCGCUGUGCCGUUCGUUUGUGUCUCGAUCCUUGAUCGUUGGGACGAUGUCCGGCCGCGGGAAAGGUGCCCCCUCGGGAAGGACGCCCCGCUCGUCCAAGUCCCGCUCCUCGCGCGCGGGGCUGCAGUUCCCCGUAGGCCGCCUGCACCGCCUGCUCCGCCGGGGCCGCUUCGCGUCUCGCGUGGGGGCCGGGGCGCCGGUGUACCUGGCGGCGGUGCUGGAGUACCUGACGGCGGAGGUGCUGGAGCUGGCCGGGAACGCGGCUCGCGACAACAAGAAGAGCCGCAUCGUGCCCAGGCACCUCCAGCUGGCCGUCCGCAACGACGAGGAGCUGGGCCGCCUCCUGGGCCGCGUCACCAUCGCCCAGGGCGGCGUCCUCCCCAACAUCCCCGCCGCCCUCCUCCCCAACAAGGGCCGGCACGCAGCAGCCGGAGCAGCCGCCGGAGGGACCGGGAAGAAGAAGCAGCCCAGCCAGGCCUCGCAGGAGUACUGAGCGGACGGAGAGGACUUUCCCAGGGGAUGAAGCCCGGCCAGUUCUCGAUGGAGCGCUGAGCGACUGACGGAGAAGAGGACUGACCCCUUGCCCCAGACCGGACUGGCCUCCAGGCCUCCAUUAAAAGCCUCCCCGUUUGGGGCUUUUGCA